AUGAUGUUCUGUUCUCCUUUGACGUUACAGCUGCCCACAGACAAGGCAAACAUUUCUCACGCUACCAUGUCUCUCCGAUUUUCCAGUGGGUCCAGGCAUAUUUGCUUACGGGCUGGCGCUGGAUCUCUCAGACCAUCCAGUGGAGGCGCUGGCUUUGCAAGCAGCAAUAUAUGCAGCAGCUCUAGUGCCGGAAGUGGAUUCUCCAGUGCUUUGGGAGGGGGCCUGGGCAGUACUUCUGUCGGGAACCAUGCUGGUGGUACCCUUGGAAGUGCUGCUUGUGCUGGCUUUGCCGGAAGUGAGGGGGGCCUCCUCUCUGGGAAUGAGAAGGUGACUAUGCAGAAUCUCAAUGACCGCCUGGCAUCCUACCUGGAUAACGUGCGAGCUCUGGAGGAGGCAAAUGCUGACCUGGAGAGAAAAAUCAAGGGUUGGUAUGAACAACAUGGUCCCAGCUCUUGCCGUGGACUUGAUCAUGACACCAGCAGGUAUCACCCAACCAUUGAAGAUCUUAAGAACAAGAUUAUCUCCUCCACUACGGCAAAUGCUAAUAUCAUUCUGCAGAUUGAUAACGCCAGACUGGCUGCUGAUGACUUCCGGCUAAAGUACGAAAGCGAGCUUGCCCUUCACCAAAACACAGAGGCUGACAUCAAUGGGCUACGGCGAGUCCUGGAUGAACUGACCCUCUGCAGGACCGACCAGGAGCUGCAGUAUGAAUCACUGAGUGAAGAGAUGACUUAUCUCAGGAAGAACCAUGACGAGGAGAUGAGGGCGCUGCAGUGCGCGGCCGGAGGCAACGUGAACGUGGAGGUGAACGCGGCGCCCGGCGUGGACCUCACGGUUCUGCUGAACAACAUGCGGGCGGAGUAUGAAGCCCUGGCCGAGCAGAACCGCAGGGAUGCGGAGGCCUGGUUCCACGAAAAGAGCGCCACCCUGCAGCAGCAGAUCUCCGACGACGCAGGCGCCGCCACCUCGGCCAGGAGCGAGCUGACCGAAAUGAAGCGCAGCCUACAGACGCUGGACAUCGAGUUGCAAUCCCUCUUGGCCACGAAACACUCCCUGGAGUGCUCCUUGAGCGAGACGGAGGGCAACUACUGUGCGCAGCUGGCCCAGAUCCAGGCUCAGAUCGGGGCCCUGGAGGAGCAGCUGCACCAGGUCAGGACUGAGACCGAGGGCCAGAAGCUGGAGUACGAGCAGCUCCUGAACAUCAAGGUCCACCUGGAAAAAGAAAUUGAGACCUACUGCCUCCUGAUAGAUGGAGACGGAAACUCAUGCUCCAAAUCAAAGGGCUUUGGAUCAGGAAGCUCAGGAAAUUCAUCUAAAGAUUUAUCCAAAACCACGCUGAUAAAGACGGUGGUUGAAGAGAUAGACCAACGUGGGAAAGUUCUUUCAUCGAGGGUUCAGUCCAUUGAAGAGAAGACAUCUAAAGUGACCAAUGGCAAGACAGAACAAAGGCUUCCUUUCUAGUCGUCAUUUCUCGAGAAAAGAAUCAUUUGGGGAAAGAUCCUGCACAACUGCAUUAUUCUAAAUGUCAAGGAGAUAAUCAAAACGUUUUUCAUUUAAAGAUAAGCUACUUAGCAAAAACCUCUGUUUUCUUAAUUACCUUUUACAGGAAGCUGGGUGUUUGUUUUCAAAUAAAUUUUAAAAAAAUGAUGUGCAUUAACUUCCAU